ACCUUCCGUCCAUGUGCGGCAGUGCUUUUCGCUUUCCCGAAUUAGUUCCCCGCGACGGCAUCGACGAGAGCGCAUCGCAGAAAAGAAGCCUUUGCUGCUUUUCGGUGCCGUAAAUUUAUCCCCUGUCCCGCGAUUCUCGCGAAUGUUUUGUGCACGGUGUUGGUGUUCAGUGUAUUGCUAGCACUAAAAGGCAACAUAGCGAAGGUACGAAGAAAACCAAUUCCAGUGAAAUUCGAGUGGAAGCGAACGUCUCUACGUGGUAGCAGUUUGCGUUGCGAACCGCGGUGUCCAGUGGAAAAGCAGCAUUGGCAAGAGAAAGAGGCUAAGGAAGAGAAAGAAAGCGGCGUGCUGAAAUAGAACCAUAUUCCCGCGCACUGUUAUUUUCAGUUCGUUUCUUGUUUCUAACUUUUUGUUAAUCCCUCGAGAGGCAUUUACCAAGCCUAACCAAAGCUUUUAAAAAUGGGUGACCAACAGCAAUACUUCCUGAAGUGGAAUGACUUCCAGACGAACAUGGUUACCUCAUUCCGCCACCUGCGAAAUGAGAAGAGCUUCACAGAUGUAACGCUUGCGUGCGAAGGGCAAACGUGCAAAGCCCAUAAAAUGGUCCUAUCGGCCUGUAGUCCAUACUUCAAGUCACUGCUCGAGGAAAACCCAUCCAAGCAUCCGAUUAUUAUACUGAAAGAUGUGUCCUACACCCAUCUGCAGUCCAUCCUCGAGUUCAUGUACGCCGGCGAGGUGAACGUGUCCCAGGAACAGCUACCGACAUUCUUGAAAACGGCUGACCGACUGAAAGUGAAGGGCCUGGCGGAAACGCCGUCAAAUAUCAAGCGGGAAGGUUGAUCUGGUGGCCGUGCGCGCAUUGGUUGCACCUAUUUUGUCUCUUCCCCUUUUUAAUUGAAAAAGAAAUCUUUUAUAUAUACAGAUUAUAUAUAUACACCUACAGUAACACAUAGCUAUUAUUAGUGAAGAAAAAAACCGAUUGAAAAAGGAAUCAAGUGAGCGGAGGAGCAGAGCAGCAUAAGUAGAUCCUUACGUAUAUGUAAAAAAAACACGAUCAAAGGAAGAUGAGUUUUGAUCACGCAACGUGUUAAGUGGCAAUGUGUUCUUUUAUUCUCCCUGCAUCAGCGCAAUGUGGCGAGAGGAACGGGCUAUAGACAACAGUGCGCAAAAGAGGAAGGCUACACCGGAGGACAACAGUCGCAAAGAGACGAUUUUUACCGAAUGUGUUGGUUAUUAACGGAAGGCAAUUUAUUAGUUGAAGAGGUAGCAAAUCGGUUGAGGUUGUAUGGAACGCUUGGAACAGGGCGUGAAAGUGUAAAGGUUGCGAAUGUUAGCAAUGGUUAGAAAUAUCAAUUAUCAACAGCAAUUUCUACAUAUAGGAGACGCAGGUGGAUAGCAUAUGAUAUGGCAGCAACGUGAAUGUUGAAGGACAUGAUUUUUCCCCUAGCAUAUAUGACGAAGCAGGCAAAAGGUGAUGUAUUAAGAUUCUUACCAAUCGGGAUGGAAGAAGGGAAUAGGAAAGCAACGAUGAUUAAGAACAUUAAGGAUUGCUAGCAUCGCUGAAGAAAUUCCGCUGCCACGCCGGGAUUCUGCGUAUCUGAUAGGUAUUAAAUUUGAGUUACAACUUAAGCUAAAAGACACAUGCUUUUCAGUCAGAAAGCGUAGAACAGCAACAACAUUUUUACAAGAAUAACAAUAACCAAUACAACAGCAAAGCGGAAACCAUCUUCGGCACGAUGCAAUAGAUUGAUGAUUAGCAAAGAUUAGUGGUUACUCGAUGUGGAUGAGCCUGUUGUAUCCCAUCUCUGCCUUCCUUCCAUCAUCGCCGUUUGUAGGUCUCCUUUUCCAAGCAGCCACACGAACGGCAUGGACCGUGUGACAAGAGAGAGUUAAGUGUUAUUACUCAAAGUACACCACAUAAUUACCAUUUAUUCCAAAUGAACACUACCACUGUAUUGCUGCAUGAAAGAUUAGUUCACGAUUUAAUGCUCUUUUCUCCUGCGCCGAUGGUUGAACGAUGGCAGGGACGAUAUCUUGUAAACGUACAGGAAGUAUAAAUAAAUGCGAAAGUCAGCGUACAUAACA